AUGAGGAGGGCGGCGCCUUUGGCGUGUUUCGUGGAACUCAGCGUAUCUUUAGCGCAAUUGUUCCUGGGAAUCGCAGAGAAAAGCAGGCAUUACACGCAGCAUAGUUUGAUUCAUACUCCUUUCUCUCACCAAGCAACUGUAAACAGAAUGUGCGACGACGAGGUUGCGGCUCUUGUGGUUGACAAUGGAUCCGGAAUGUGCAAAGCCGGAUUCGCCGGAGACGAUGCUCCCCGUGCUGUGUUCCCCUCGAUCGUUGGACGCCCACGUCACCAGGGUGUCAUGGUUGGUAUGGGUCAGAAGGACUCCUAUGUAGGAGAUGAGGCACAGUCCAAGAGAGGUAUCCUCACCCUGAAAUACCCCAUUGAGCACGGUAUCGUCACCAACUGGGAUGAUAUGGAGAAGAUCUGGCACCACACCUUCUACAAUGAGCUCCGUGUUGCUCCCGAAGAGCACCCCGUCCUGCUCACUGAGGCCCCACUUAACCCCAAGGCCAACAGAGAAAAGAUGACCCAGAUCAUGUUCGAGACCUUCAACACCCCCGCCAUGUACGUCGCCAUCCAGGCUGUGCUCUCCCUCUACGCUUCCGGACGUACCACUGGAGUCGUCCUCGACUCCGGAGAUGGUGUCACCCACACCGUCCCCAUCUAUGAGGGUUAUGCUCUUCCCCACGCCAUCCUCCGUCUCGAUCUGGCUGGCCGUGACCUCACUGACUACCUGAUGAAGAUCCUCACUGAACGUGGUUACUCAUUCACGACCACGGCUGAACGUGAAAUUGUCCGAGACAUCAAGGAGAAGCUCUGCUAUGUUGCACUUGACUUCGAGCAAGAAAUGGCCACUGCUGCUUCCUCAUCUUCGCUUGAGAAAUCCUAUGAACUUCCUGACGGACAGGUCAUCACCGUCGGAAAUGAACGAUUCCGUUGCCCCGAGGCCAUGUUCCAGCCUUCCUUCCUGGGUAUGGAAUCUGCUGGUAUCCAUGAGAACUCAUACAACUCAAUCAUGAAGUGCGAUAUUGAUAUCCGUAAGGACUUGUACGCCAACACUGUACUGUCUGGCGGUAGCACAAUGUACCCUGGUAUUGCUGAUCGUAUGCAGAAGGAAAUGACCGCCCUUGCCCCCAGCACAAUGAAGAUCAAGAUCAUCGCUCCCCCUGAGCGUAAGUACUCUGUGUGGAUCGGAGGAUCUAUCCUGGCUUCACUGUCCACCUUCCAACAGAUGUGGAUCUCCAAACAAGAAUACGACGAGUCCGGCCCAUCCAUUGUCCACCGCAAGUGCUUCUAA